AUGGAGAAGAAAUCCCUUUUCUUUCUUGUUAUUAUUCUCUACAUCACCACCUUCCUCUGCUCUUCUUCAACAGCCCAACAACCAAAACCAGUUGUCGAUAUCGACGGAAAACCCCUCCGCACAUCCUCCCGCUACUACAUCCUUCCGGUCAUCCGCGGCAGCGGCGGAGGGCUCACUCUGUCCAGCUCAGGCAACCAAACAUGCCCUCUCUACGUAGCUCAGGACCCAUUGGAAGUCAACUUCGGCCUGCCCGUAAGUUUUUCCCCGCCAAAAACCAGCAUCAGCGGGGUGGUGCGUGUUUCCAGCGAUGUAAACAUCAAGUUUGUCGCAACCACGGCCACCUGUGGUCAGUCGAAGGUGUGGAACUCAGCUACGACGCUUGGCAUAAACAGCACUUUGUACUGA